GUCCACUUACAACAUUCUGGCAUGGAAUGAUUCAUGAUGUUCUAAAUACAUAGAGGUACAGCCCGUGCUCUUAUUAAAGGAAACAUGCCUCUUUCUGGAUCAAGUGAUCCCAGUUCCAAGGUUUCUGAUCCCCAGCACUCCCAGAAACUCCUUAGGGUCCUUCGAAGCUUCUGGCAAGAGCAAAGUUUCCACGAUGCAGUUCUUGUGGUGGAUGGAGAGGAGCUCCCUGUGCAGAAAAACAUCCUGGCUGCUGCCAGUCCUUAUGUCAGGACCAAGCUGAACUACAAUCCUCCAAAAGAAGAUGGAUCUACAUACAGAAUUGAGCUACAGGGGGUCUCAAUGGCCAUAAUGAAACAGAUCUUGGACUACAUCUUCAGUGGUGAAAUCGCUCUAAGUGAAGAAACAAUCCAGGACAUGGUGCAGGCAUCAGACCUGCUCCUGAUGACAGAUCUGAAGUCCCUCUGCUGCCAGUUCUUGGAGAGCUGCAUCACAGCGGAGAACUGCAUCGGCAUUCGGCUCUUUUCCCUGCACUACUGCCUCUACCACGUCCACUAUGUUGCCACCGAGUUCCUGCAGACACAUUUUGGUGACGUGGCGCACACUGAGGAGUUCAGGGAGCUCCCCCCAGACCGGCUCUGCGAGGUGCUGUCCAUGGAGAAGCUGAACAUCGGCAAUGAGAGACUCGUGCUGGAGGCGGUGGUGCGAUGGCUGGCUCAUGACCCCGAGGACCGCAGGGUGCACAUGAAGGAAGUGAUGUCUGCUGUGUGGCUGCAGGGCCUGGACCUGAGCUACCUGAGAGAACAGGCCAUGGGGGAGCCUCUGAUGAGGGAGGUGGUCAGAGAGUACUGUCAGUCUGUGCUGAGUGCUGGACCGCUGCAGGGGGAGGCUCUGCUCGCUGCUUUCAAACCCAGAGGCUAUUCAGAGUGUAUUGUUAUCGUCGGAGGAGAGGAUCGCAAAAGUAGGAAGCCCACUGCUGCAGCGCGCUGCAUGUGUCCGCUCUACGACACCAACAGACAGGCCUGGAUCGAGCUGCAGCCAAUGAGUGAAGCACGCUUCUGCCACGGAGUGGUUGCAACUGAGGGCUUUCUGUUUGUGAUUGGUGGGACUAAUGAACACAAAGCCGUCCUUGGCAGUGGAGAAAAAUAUGACCCUGAUUCCAACACAUGGAGCCCAAUAAGCCCCAUGCUACAGCCUCGCCAUAGCUUCGGUGUGGUUGAGCUAGAUGGUCUGAUCUACGUCCUCGGAGGGGAGAAUGAAGUAACAGAGCUAGUCACUGUAGAAGUGUAUGACCCACACUUUAAUUCCUGGAAGACGACCACAAGUAUGACCAUGGUCCGCAAGGUUGGCUGCUACGCCUCCAUGAACAAGAAGAUCUAUGCCAUGGGUGGGGGCUCCUAUGGGAAGCUGUUUGACUCUGUUGAAUGCUUUGAUCCCAAAACACAGCACUGGACCGGUCUCUGUCCUCUGAAAGAAAGAAGGUUUGGGUCAGUGGCAUGCGGUGUGGGUCAGGAGCUGUACGUGUUUGGAGGAGUCAGAAGCCAAGAGAACGAUAAUCCUGAGCAAAGACAGAUGAUGACCUGCAAGUCUGAGUUCUACCAUGACGAGAUGAGGAGGUGGAUGUUCCUGGACGACCAGAACUUGUGUGUUCACACCAGCUCAUCUUUUGUUUACGGUGCUGUGCCCAUCGGGGCCAGCAUCUAUGUGGUGGGAGACUUGGACACUGGAACCAGCUUUGACUACAUCCGUGAGUUUCGGCGCAGCACGGGGACGUGGCAUCGCACUAAACCCAUGUUAGUUUCUGAUCUGUCCAAGACAUCCUGCGCCACUCUGCGCAUCGCCAACUGCCGCCUGUUUCGCCUUCAGCUGAGCCAGGGCAUGUUCAGGAUCAGAGUAUGACUUCAACAACAACAGCCAGCAUCCCGGUAUCACUCUGUUCUCCUUCACCUUCGCACACUGAAGCGGUCUGCCAGCUGUAGGUCUGGGUUUUGGGACUUCAUGAACACUAAAAUAUGGUAGCUGACUGGAAAACAGUUCAUCCAAACAUGUUUUUAAUGUUUUAGGUCUGAUGGGAUUUUUUUUAUUAACCUUUUUUAUUUUAAGACAUUUUUUGCCUUUAAUAUUAAUGGAUACUGCUGCUUUCUUAUGUUUACAGGUGAUGUUUUGCUCUCAGAGGGAUUUAACACUUGAUAACUUUAGAAUUAUAUUACAUGAGGGAUCAUGGUUAUAACAGUUCAGAAGGACUACUGUGGUGCAAUUUGCUAUGGGGAUGUACUCAAUAUUUUUGGUGGUGUAUUGUUUAUCUCUACAGCCAAAUGUGGACGUUAUUACCUUCAAGGUUAGGUUAGGGGUGAAAAAUGUUUCUAUAGAAGGCUUCUGUGGGAGGUGAGACUUUGGUGCAAGAGCAGGAGGAUGUUUUGCAGCAUUUACAUGAAGAUAUUGUCUGUACAAGGCAAUUACUAUGCGUUCCUGUUUUACUGCUUCUAUCCUUGGUAUGGACCAUAAAGCAAUGCAACUACUAAUUAAGGCAAAGGCCUCAACAAAUUGCACAAUGACAGUGAUCUAAACAGGAUCAUUCCCCUCCACACUUUGAGAUGACUGAUAAAAUCAUGGUCACAGUCUCAGGCUGAUUAUAAAGUGAGGAUUUUGAAAUGUGUGCAAGUUUGCAGUGAAUUUUAGUUCCAAAUUAAAAAUACAAAAAGAUGUGCUGCUCAAAAUUGUAAGCCUCUAGCUUCUAGCUUUAUCAAUCUGUGUCUAUAACAAGCUAAGCUUUGGCCUAAAGUAAAUCGGCUGAUUUACUAUAAUCACUUUAUGGAUUUUGUGAUGGUUCUGCAGAAAAAAAAUAUUUCCAGCAACUAUCAAAAUAGUAAUUUAUUUCCAUUUACAUAGUCUUUUUUAAUCUGUGCAGACAUAAAGAGGAAAUUUUAACGCAAAUCUUUAAUUUCUUCCAUUAGCUUGUUACCAAGGCCUUUGUGUUUCUUAAAACUGUGAGGAGCUUUAUCUUUUUUUGAAACUGAUGGGGAUUAAAAAAGGUGAAUCUAAUGAGCAACAAAAACAAGCAAGACUUAGUACCAAAAAAAAAAGAUUGUUUCUUAGUAGUUGCUUUUCUUACCUGAAACUUCCACAGGGAAGGUUUUAGAUAAAGAGAUUAAUUGCGCAUAGGAAUGGGCAGUAAUACAGUCAUAACAAAUCCCGGGGGGUUUAUUUUGCAAAAAUGCUUUGUUUUCGUUAGGUUUUAGUUUUGUCUGCAAUGUGGGAUUCCUGUCAGGGGCAAGACCCAAAAGGUCUCUGCACUUUUUACUUUACUUAUUCAAUUUUAAUGUUUGUUUACAACUCAAGCCCUAAAAUUACCAUUGUUUGAAAUUGUCUUCAGUCAAAUCAAGUGAUUAUACCUUCUCCAGGCUUGGAUAUUUGUUUCGGUCAGUACGCUAGUGUAAAGAAUAAAACUAAGGAGAUUUUAUCCCUAAUUCUAUUUCAUUUUACUUCGUUUUGCAAGCACAACCGUUUACUUUGUUUUCAUUUUAUUUGUAAAGCUUAGUUUUUAUUUAUUAUUUUCAUUCAACUAAGAUGAUUUUUUAAUUUUAUUUGUACUUAUUUAGUUAAAGUUAACUAUAAUAACCUUGGCACGCAGGUUUAUAAUUAAUUCCAAAAUAAUAUGUAUGUGUUUCCACCAGCAGCGCCACUGCCUGUGUGUGAAGAUGCUUUAAAAGUGAGGAAAGAAGUCCUGUAAACAUCACCUUGUAAAUGUUUAGUUUUUGCUCAAACCAUUUCGAUAAAGGAUUAAAUUAAGCGCCUGUAGAGGCGCCAUGAAUUCCGCUCUCUGUGCUUGUGCAUGCACACCGACAAGUGCUUGUUUAAUGUGAUUUUUAAACUCCUAGUGGUAAUUCUGUACACCCUUGUAAAAUUGAGGUGACAGUAUUAAAAAGUGAAUUUCUGCCCAUUCCUACAUAAUUGCACAAUUCCAAAAAUUAUUUUAUUUAUUUAGUUUUUUACAUUUUCAUGGGCAAAGAUUCUCUGUUAGUGACAUAUAUUAAUGUUAAAAUACAUCCUAAAAAAGUAUUACUAAAGUGUGUACUGGACACACAAAGCAACCUGAAAAGUGUUGCCACUUUGUCUGCAGUAGUGCUUAGAUGAGGUCCUAAACAUCUGGCCCAGCUCUACCCGAUCCAUGUAAGUUCUCUCCCAGCCUGACCUGACCCAUAACCUGUACUUUUAGGCCCGAGCCCAAGUAAAACCCUACUUUUUUAAUAUUUUGACUUUAUUGUUAAACUUUAAACUACAAUUUUCAGUUGUUUGAAUGGUAGAAAUGUGUUCAGAAGUGACCUUAAUGAGCACAACAGGAUAUCAUGUAUUACAUGAAGCGUUUUUUUUUUUUUUAUGUUAAUGAUAAAAAGAGCAGCGUGGAUGGAUGGGCAGAUGUGCAAACAUCUGUAUGUGCUGAAUACACACAGCUUGUAAGAGAGCAUAUGCCUGUUAACAGACUCCAGACUGAAGUGUUGUUCACACACUUCAUUUGUAAACUCAGCUGCAUUACAACAGAUGAUCAGAUGAAGUUUUCGUUUCUUUGCCCACUACCUUUGUGCAUAAUUGCAUGCUGCCUUUCUCUUGCUAGUUACCCACUGCAGUGUAUCAUCAUGUCUGCACUGAGUGGACUUGCUGUGCCACUUUUUAAGCUUUCCUCCCUUGUCCUGUUAAGACGAAUACUUAAAGAGGAAGGUGAUUUAUAAUUUAGUAAAUAAAUUGUAAGGAGUACAGUUUUUUUAAUUGAAAAUACUUAAUUUUAGACACAUGAGCAGUGGUUCUUAGGUUAUAACAAGAAAAACAGACUUGAUAUCAACAAUCUAGGAUAAAAUCUAGUCAUAACAACCUACACUACAGUAGUAGUGUUCCCGACAUGGGGUCCAUGAACCCCUGGGGGUGUGAGAUCUCGGGGGGGAUGCAAGGUUGUCAAAGUUAGAUAAGCAAAUAUGAACUCAAAUCAUGACAAAACACUCAUUAUAUAGGUCAUAAAAAGGUCUGUUGGUAAGAAAAACGUGUUUCUUAGAGUUUUAGCAAUGAAACAAUAAAACCUAAUGUUGGUUUUGACAGAAGUGUAUGACUUUUUUCCUCGUUUGGGUCCUGGGGAGCUCAACUUUUCAAAAGUUCAGGAACCACUGCACUACAGUAUGAUUAGACAUCUUUGACACACUUCUUUCUUUGAAUUCCCUUGAGCCCUGCCCUGCUAAGGCCCAAGGGGAGGGGCAGGGAUCAUGGUGGGCUGGGCCGGGUCGGUCUUGGGCUUGGGCAGAGAAUCUAGCCUCUAGUCUCCAGGGGUUACCAAAAUAGAUACAAACCAAAAGUUCCUCACAGUAGUAACUAAUCCAAGUAUGCUGAUGGUUUACAAUAUUAAUCAUUUAAUUUGGAGGAAUCAUCAGCAGUUUUCUGUGGUUUCUCAAGCUCCCAUUUGGCUGUGUUGAUGUUUCACCACAUUUUUGUCUUAUUAGUCACUGUGGUCACUAACAGACAGAAACAGACAAUGAGAGGAAGUUUAAUGUCACGAUUGUCACAUGAAACUUCUGUUCUGCAGAAAUGCUUGCUCUUUCUCUCUGUAAAUACAUAACACUUAGCUAUGCAACAAAAUAACCAUGGAAAUAGAAGAAAAGCAGAAACUGAAGUUGAUCAAGAUAAAGGUAGAUAUAUCAGAGUCAAUCACCAGUUUAGCCCUGAAUGUAUUAAAUUAAGUGAAUGUUUGCACGGUCGAGCACAAGCGCUUUGCUUGAUAGUCACUUUUUGUCUUUGACGAGCUGUGUGGGCUCUGCCUGGUCAGAAAUAGUCGUCUGUGUGAGUGCUGCUCUUGAGUUGCUGGAUGUGUUGCUGCCUCUGUGACCUGUGACCUGGCUUUCCUGUCAGAACAGUUUUGGCAUCCUGACCCUGUUUGUUCUGUGUGAGAUACAGCUGCUGCUGUCCGUCCUCAGGCCAGAAACAGCACAUACACAACGCACACGCUCAGUCUUACUAUCAUGUUAUCAGGAAGGCAGUACAUCAGAAACACUGGGGAGGAUGAAACAGAGGCAUGACCAAUAAAUGGACCAUUCAAAUAGUUCAAAUCUUUCUUCUUCUAAGAGGAGAAUAAUCAUGCUACACUUAAAGGUGCAUGUUAUAACUCUGUAAUUCUGAAUAAAUGCUACAUACUGUACAUAUAAAUUGUUGUAAGAAAAAUGUUGCAAUAGCAUCAGUGGGUUUCAGUGUAGUGUAUCAGCUUUAUAAUGACUAUUUAGGCAAGCCAACUUUGAAAAUGUAAAGAAAAUUUCAUAUCAAAAGCUUAACUAAGCAAAAAGCAUGAAGCCACCUUAAACUGAAACUCUCUCACUGCUUGAUUAUACAAUCAGAUGCAUGUCCAAAAAUUAGAAUAUCAUGAAAAAAAAUCAUUUCUUUCCUGUGAUUUAAUUCAAAAAGUAUAAUUCCAUAUAUUCUAGUUACAUCUCAUACAAAGUGAGGUAAUUCAAGACUUUUUGUUGUUGUAUGAGAUAAGAAAUGUUGACCUUCUGGAAAAUUCUGCUCAUUUAUGCUCUCAGAAAUUGGUUGGAGCUUCUUCUGCACAAAUCACUGCAUCUGUGUGACCUAGCAUGGAGACAAACAGCCUGUGGCACUGCUGAGGUGCUAUCGAGCCCAGAUUGCUGUGAUAGCAGCCUUCAGCUCGUCUGCAUUGUUUCUCGUCUUCCUCUUGUCAUUUCCCUGAGACUCCCUAUGGCAAGGGUGUCUUCUCUAUCAGAGCAGGGCCUGAAUUUACAUCUAACCUGAGAGCUUAAGAGGGUCAGCAUUUAACCAUAAACUGUUGAUCUCAUUUUCAAUAGUAAUGAAUUAUGGGAACAAAACUUAGCACUGAUUAUAAAGAUUCAAACAAGAC